GAGUGUUGCGACCACACGCUCUAUCUCGCUUCGUCCCGCGUGCGGCCACGAACAUCUCUACUCCUGCAUACCGCCGCACCCCACGUUAGCCGCAGGGGAAAGGUGUAACUCAACAUAAAAACCGAAAACGCUAUAGUUAAAACUUUGGACAAUCAAGUGUGCAAUAUUCUUAGUGCAAUGGUUAUAUAAAAAGACUGAAAGUUAUCGAUAUGCAGAGAAUAUUAUGCAUGUGACCUUGAAAAUUAUUUAGCCUUAACCAACAAAGUUCAUAAGUUUGUGACAAUCAACAUAUUGUAAGACCUCGACAAAAUAAUCGUCACAAAAAAUGAUUCCACAUGAAAACACGGACCUCUAAAAUCUGGAUCCAUACAGUACCCAGAUAGCUACACCAAGUUUACAUAUAUCAUGAAGAGGGAGAAACCAAAAAUGUCAGCAGUGCACACGUCUGGGCUGGGCGUCCUCAUACGUACACUGAUGUUGGUGCUCACAGCUGCUAGUUCGGCUCAGGGGGAAGACACUCCACUUGGAAUUUCUGUUGUGAGUGUAGUGGAGACGCUGGUGGAGAGGACGGUGGCUUUACCAUGUAAGGCCACACUACACCCUCAAGGAGACACCCCAAACUUGCUCCUCUUCUACAGGCACUCCUCCAAUAUCCCCUUCUUCAGUUACGACGCCCGCAGUGGAGACUUCUGGCGAGAAGGAAGCCCUAAGACCCGCGACGUUCGCUAUGAAGGGCGGGUCUUCCUCAACCUGACGCAGCCCCAGCGGGUACACCUCAACCUGGAGCGCGUCACCCUGCAGGAUGGAGGUGACUUUACCUGCCGGGUUGACUUCCUCAGCUCUCCUUCCCUCACCUCCAUCGUCAAGCUCCACGUCUACGCCAACCCCAGCGUGGGCCCGACUGUGAGGGUGGGCACAGGGCUUCGCGGGACCCCCAUCAGGUCACGAACAGAUGUGGGGCCCUUCCAUGAGGGGGAGAUGCUCAACCUCUCCUGCACCGUCACUGGCGGGUUCCCGGCACCGAUCGUGACGUGGUGGCAGGACCUGAAACUCCUAGACAACAGCAGCUAUGUGAUCAGCAACAGCGGGCCCUCACAGACGGUGAACGAGCUAACGGUGGGGCCCCUCACACGACAGCUGGUGGAGGUGCCCUUUACCUGCAGGUCGGAGAACAACCCGCUCUCAUCUCCUAUGGAUCGCACUGUUCACCUUAAGAUACACAUGGCACCCCAGAGCGUGGUUCUGGGGGAGGCGGCGACGGUGCGGGCGGGGAUGGAGGAGAGGUUGGAGUGUCGGGCUAAAGGAGCUUAUCCCGAGGCCAAUAUCACUUGGACGCUAGACGGUAAAAAGCUCAACUUCACAGCCAAAGAGACUCGGCAGAUCGGAAGCGACACGGUCUCAUGGGUGCAAUUCGUCGCCUCGCCUCGGGAGCACGGAGCGGUAUUGACGUGCACUGCGUCGUCCUCCACCCUGCCAGACCCUCCUGUCUCCACCAACGCCACGCUCAACGUCACACACGCGCCUCUGGUACGGCUCGAGCUGGGGGCGUCACUACGACCAGACCACAUCCGCCAGGGAGACGACGUCUACUUCGACUGUCUUAUCGUUGCCAACCCUCCAGUGCAGCGCAUUGCCUGGUACAAGGAGGACACAGAGGUGAAGCACCACAAGACGGCCGGGGUGCUGGUGGGGGGAACUAACCUGGUGCUACAGAGUGUUCAACGCCCUGACGCUGGCACCUACACCUGCAACGCCACCAACGCCGUCGCCGCCUCCCGCAGUAAUCCGUUCACUCUCAGUAUACAGUACGGGCCAAUGUGUGCCCAAGAGCGCGUGACGGUGACUGCGGUCGAAGGAGAAGUGGUGACGCUGCAAUGUACCGUCGACGCCUACCCAGCCAACGUCACAUUCUAUUGGCUAUUCAACAACACGGUCGACUCCACUCGCUUCAGGCCGAGCGAGUACACGGUGGAAGGGUCUGUGUCGAGGCUGCGGUACGUGGCUUACUCCGCCCGGGACUACGGCACCGUGUUCUGCUGGGCAUCCAACGUGGUGGGCCACCAGAAAGACCCGUGCGCCUUCACCCUCCAGCCUGCAGGCGCACCCGACAGUGUGCGUGACUGUGUGCUGACUAACCAGUCGGCAGGGUCUCUGCACAUCACCUGUAAACCGGGUGCUGACGGAGGACUCACACAGACCUUCAGAGCGGAGGUAUACGCUGGGGGGUCUGCCAAGCCAGUGCGAGUGUUGGAAGGGAUGUCCCCGGUGUUCACGUUGGAAGGUCUGUCUCCCGGUGGGGACUACGUAGUCACCCUCACCGCCUUCAACCGCAAGGGCGCCUCACCCCCUGUCUCCCUGGAGGCCUUCACCCUCAAAGUAGCAGAGAACAGGAUGAUUUCUUCAUCGCCCGCUGUGGCAGUCGCCGGAGUGUCUAGUAGUCAACCUGAACCUGAGGAAGGCCCUGCUGGGGCGGUGUCCCCCCUCCUGGGCGUUUUCCUGGGUGUUGUGGGUGCCUUCCUCCUCCUGGCCGCUGCCGCCAUCUUCAUCACUCGUCGCCACUGUUCCAGAGGCGCUGGCAGGACUCCUGACCUGGUGGCUGGCCAAGAGCUAGAGGUGAAGGGCGACACCGCGGAGGCAAUGACCAGUGCCAAGGGCGAGUUGGUGGAUAACUCGGACCUUACCGAGGCCGACCCCUUCCUGGCCACAUCAGAGGGCAGCACAGGGACGGCCUCCACCCCGGCCAGCGCGGGCGGAGGGGCGGUGUUCACUAUCCCCGCCCACAUCCCGCCCCCACCCCAGUACUGCUCUGCCUCCUGUAACGACCUAUCGCCCACCCAGCACGCACUACAGCACACAUCUGCCCCCCAGCACACUAUCCCAUGCUCUUCGGGUAUUCAGCACACGCUCCCACGCUCCUCGGAUAAUCAGCACGCUCUGCACCAUGCUCAAGGCAGUCAGCACUCUGUACAACGAUCAUCUCCAUUACAGCAUUGUCUCCAGCGUUCCUCCUCGGUGGAGCGAAGCGUGGGACGCAAUUUAGGCUCUCAACACUGUCUGGCGCGGGCCUCCCCACCUUUACGCCCCCAACAUCAUGGCACGCCAGCUACCUUCUCCUUACAGCACCCAGCCCAUCCCCAGAUCAUCUACACCACGGGGACGGACGCCGCUCUACAGCAAUCACCCGGAGUAACUCAGGCACCCCACCCGGCCGCUAUUCACUACGUGCAACCUCACCCAGGCCUCGGAGGCGACGCCCCAUCAGUCAUCACCACCACUCAUAUGAGCGUCCCUGUGUCUCACCACCCUGUGUCACAGCAUAUGGGUCUGGGGCUUGCACCAAGCCACUUAGGAAGUGGACCACACCCUCAGAGGACUUUAGUAUCACAGGGAAGCAUAGAGCAUACAGGGGAGUCUCCUAUCACGCACUCAAGCCCCAAAAACAGAGCCAAGCACGUCACCUGGACAGGUGGACCCACACAUGGGGAGGAGAGUGCUGUGUAGCAACUUGAUGCUCAUGAUGCUGUUACUGCUUCUGCCCGGAAUACUGCAGCUCACCAACUAUGAACAUUAAUAUGUCUCUGCUAACAGUCACAUACAUUCUGUUCGCGUAAACACGUGCAAUUGUUCGUUCAAGGAAAGAUACAAAUAUGGCGACAACUACACGCACGUUUACAAUAAUCGAAAAACACGAAAACAACAGUCACUCAUUUAUGAAUAUGUACGAGUACGCAUAUUAUUUGCUUUACAAGCACACAUGGAACCUUUUCUUAAUUUUGACCACAUUUUUUUUUUCAAAAUAGCACUUUUUAAACUAGGAAAUCUGUAUAUAUGAAAUGAAAUCCACUAAGCUGGGAAAUUAUGGCAUCAUAAAAUAAUUGUUACAUCCUCAUAUACCGCGCACAUCAGCACCACAUCUACAAACAUACAGUCAUGCACGGUUCUUCUUUAAUUGCUUAACAUCACAUAUAACAUAUAUUGUUGAACUUUAUUCUCAAUGCUUUUUGGUUAAGUUUAGUGAUAUUUUAUACUGUACAUAGAUACAAACUAAUUUCCUCAAGACAACUUAUAGGAUUUACAAUCAUCUUAUCAGGUUACAAACUGUUAAUUAUAUUGUUAUUAUAUUAACAAUAAUUACUCGACCUACACUACAGUGACUUGCGUGGCGCGUAAAUGAAAAAUAAUUACAUUAGAGAGAUACUGGCGGCCUUAAUCACUUCUUCGGUCGACAACUCAUCCUGUAUAAUUCAUUAUUUUUAGAACUUCACUCCAUAAAACAUAAUUCAUUAGGACGGCAGUUUAUAGUGAGAUAGCACUCACCCUCUCUGGUUAUAAUUGCUCACUUGUCACGCGUCACGCAGUUACUACUUUUCUCUAAAUCAACUAAACACAGAUAAAUAAUUAUCUAAAUAAAAAUCCACUUCCUUGCCCCAAUCAUCAAGUCAGGUAAGUAAGUGAUGUUUACGCAAAUGAGCGUAACUAUAAUUGUUCACUUAUACAGUUAGAGGACCACAUGCGUUACUGUAACUUAACCAACAUAAAUCUUUGUGGAUUUAUGGAAUCGGACUCGACCCAUUGGUGCCGCCAGGCAAUUCUAUGUAAAAACAAUUUAAAGAUUUUAUAUUUCUGUGGUAAAUAUGAUAAGAACAAAUCGAAAAUGAAAUAUUAUUUUUUAAUUAUAUUAACAAUAUUCAACUGAAGUAUUUACGCCUGGAAAGUUAACUGUGUUCUCUUACUGUCAGUGGACUCCUACAGAUCAUUAAUUUCCCCUACAUAGGAUAAACCUCAAGGAAUAUACAGGUCUUCAGUCAAAUAUAAAAACUGAACGAGUUGGUUUCAGAACUGUUGAAGAGAAAAUAAUAAACAGUUAGGUAACGUUACUUCUCAAAAUUAGUUAAUUGCUUUAAAUAAUGAGAACAAUUAACGGCCCCCAAAAAACUACGGAUAUUGCACAAAACUGUGUCGUUAUAGUAACAGAUAAACAGCAUCUCACGUACUUAAUAAACUUAUUGAACGCAUAGGCACCAGUAUUCUGUCAUCACCAUAUUCCAGUUACUGUUGUCUUAGUUCAACACGCAGCAGACACACACACACACACACUGGCUCCAAACCACCGAGUGGGACAUAAAAAUAAACAAACAUCACCGAUAUUUCUUCAGAGAUGUACUGUACGUGAAGUAAUAAAUUCGGGUCCUCUCAAGAAGUAAUUACGUCUCUGGGGUUAGUCAUGUGUGUCACUCUAUUUACUUCCAUUUCACCCUGGAGUAGCUAGACCAGCUUAUAACUGGGAACUGUGAUAUGAAGACU